AGGCGCUGACUCGUUCUUUUUAUUCCCCACCCUCCGCCGGCACUGAGCCUCGCGCACUCUGCUCCGGGGACGCCUGCCACCAGCCCGCCGCCACCAUGAUCAUCUAUAAGGACGUCAUCAGCGGAGAUGAAAUGUUCUCUGACAUCUACAAGAUAAUUGAAUGCAGUAAUGGAAUCUGUUAUGAAGUUGAAGGGAAGGUCGUGACCAGAGAAGAAGGUUCAAUUGAUGAUGCUUUGAUUGGUGGAAAUGCUUCUGCAGAGUGCGUUGAUGAAGGCUCAGAAUCAACAAGAAUCAGUGGGGUUGAUAUAGUAUUAAACCACCAUCUUCAGCCAACUGGCUUCACCAAGGAGACUUUCAAACAGUAUAUUAAGAUCUACCUGAAAUGCGUCAAAGCCCGACUUGAGAAAUCUUGUCCUGACAGAGUAAAGCCAUUCAUGUCUGGUGCUGCGGAAGUAGUCAAAGCAAUUCUUGCAAACUUCAAAAAUUUAGAGUUUUACACAGGAGAGACCAUGAAUCCAGAAGGAAUGGUGGGACUGCUGGACUACCGUGAGGAUGGCUUAACACCUUUUUUCACUUUCUUCAAAGAUGGCCUGGAGAUUGAAAAAUGUUAAUGGAGUUUGGAUCAUCUAUCAUAACCAAAUGCUGCUGCUUCCCUUCCAUACAACACCAGGAUUUUAAAGAAACUUGUAAGACCAACUUCAAACUGGACUGUUAUCAUUGAGCUUCAUGUUUUCUGACCCUAAAUUAUUGGAGUGGAGACAUUUUAAACUCUUGUCAUUUAGUCCAAAUAAAGUCAUUGUACUCCACUCUGGGUAAAGCCUUUGUGUGAUACUUGCUCAUUCUCUUGGUAUAGAAUGAUGCUCCAUGUGUGUUUCAAAGAAGCUUCAGCAUUCUGACGCAAGCUGCUGCACUCCUGCUCUGGAUAAUCUAACAAAAUCUUGCUGGCUCUCGGACGUGAAGGUGUUGCUGAGUUCUACCUGCGGUCUGCCACAGCAGAUGAGCUGUAACUUACCAAGUGAACUGUCCUCACAAAAAAUAUUUUUUGGCCCCAUGUCUUAAUGUGUUGUAGAGGUUAUUUAAUGUGAAGACUGGUAGCUUGUUUACAACCCACUCAUCUGAUUUCUUUGUCAUGAUAGAACUGGUUGCUUUACUAAUGCAAUAACCGGCAGUAUAAUAAACAAAAUGGUGGGUUGCAAAAAGUUACUGCAAAUACUGGCCCCUCACUGCCUCUGUUAUUCACUCCUGUUUAACAUUAAAAAGAAGAAAGUAUUAACUAG